UCGGGCGGGCUAGAAAAGCGCGGCGGGAUGCGGCGCGCUCCCGGAGGCAGCCCGGCUCCCGCGCCAUGCUGCGGGCCACCGUCAAGCUCUGCUGCGGCAUCGCCCACGACCACCUCCGCCGCCUGCCCGGCUUGAAGACAACAGCCGUUGCGGCAAUCCAGAACGACGUCGGGGGGCUGGUGGUAAGAGGAUCCCGUCGCCCGCUUUCCAAAAUUCCUCAUUAUAUUCAGAGGCUGAUGGGGAAGGAGACAGCCACGUGCCCAGAGCUUGACGGGGACGCCAACCCAAGACGAUUCUCCAGCGUGGACCUCUCCUACAUCACCCAGGGAGAAACAGCCCUGCAGCAAGCGCUGAGUAUCCUGCAGCAGCACACCAGUUGGCAGGCAGAAACGCUGCUGGACAGCGGGGCCACCGUGUCCAGUGCCGCCCUCCCCGGGCUGGGCAAGGUGUUUCGGGCAGAGGUGGUCCUGGCUGUGCCGGUGGCCCGGCUGCACCAGGAGCUCUUCGAGAGGAUCGAGCAAAUGCCCCAGUGGAACCCGACCGUCAGCCGGGUGAAGGUGCUGCAGCACGUUGGGAGGGACACGUUGGUGACACACGAAGUCACCGCUCCCAGCCCGGGCAACGUGGUGGGCCAGCGGGACUUCGUCAGCGUGCGGCACCGCGGGAGGAGGGACACGGCCGUCUACCUGGUGGGCACUGCCACCCACGUCGAGCUGCUGCCCUUGCAGGAAGGGUGCAUCAGAGCCGAGUCCCGGCUGAGCUGCAUCGUCCUGCAGCCGCUGGCGGGGGACCCCAGCCGUACCCACUUGACCUGGCUCCUCAGCAUGGACCUGAAGGGCUGGAUCCCCACGUCUGUCAUUAACCGUGUCCUGCCGCAGUCCCAAGCAGACUUCAUCGAGCACCUCCGCCAGCACCUCUCUGCCACCUCACACCCCUGAGCCUCCGGGCGAGCACGAGGGAUGUGGCCUGAGCUGGAGACCCGCUCCCACCCCUGCUCAUUCCACCAGCGACGGGGCGAGGCGGUGCACCCACAGAGCAACCCCGAGGAGGGAGGACGCCCUUCACCGUGCUUCUGCUUUGGGGAUGGAGCGGAGAAUCCGCAAGCCGGGGCGAGCCAGGCACCCCCUAGCCUGGCGGUAGGGGUUUGCUUAAAUCUUUGCCCAAACCUCGCCCGUGCACGGCCGUAGGGGCUGCUGUUGGGCAUCACUCCUCCCCGCCGUGCACAGGGGAAAGGGGGUGGCUGGCCAAACGCACCCCAACGUUGGGCAUCGCUGCCCACUGGUGAGGUUUGUUCUGCAGCUUCAGCCCCGCCAUGGUUUCAUCAUUUAUUACCUGCCAGUGGUAUCAGUUGUCAGUGCAAGCUCAGGAGCUCUUUUUGGCCUGAACCAGUAACACAUUUUAUUUAUUUUUGCAAUGGCUAAGUUAUGUAUUUCUCUGUGUGUACCUACGCAUGUUCACAGAGCUUUUUCUCCUGCUAUGCCACCAGUAGCAGGCUCACGGCGCUAAACCACAUCUCAGGAAGAGGUGUGUGGGGCCAGAAAUGUGCUUUUCACCAUCAGUUCAAUUGACUUAGGGUACUGCAGCGUGCGAGGAGGUGGCAAGGCAAGAGAGAAAGCAGCUCGCGGAGACCAGCAGCAGCAGGGUGGGACUCAGCCCCCCCAAACCCAUCACACAGCACCCUGUCCUCCAGGCCCACGCGUCCACAGGAGCUUCUCACUGCAGACAUGGACCUUGGUAAAACCCCCAGUGGGUUUUGUCCUGGGAGGAUCUCCAGGAGAUCCCCAGACCUUUGCAGCAGCAGGGAUGGAUCCAGAGAUCCCGAUAUUAUCCUGCCCCCUGGGAACAAGCAUCUUGUGCCACAAAGCCGCUGCCAACCACAGUUAGAUACAAGCCUUGCAAGAGUGAAGCCGAGCAGCUGGGUGUCAUGAAAUGUUAUUAUAACCAUUGCAGAGUGCUUGUGAUUUAUACAUCUGUGGGUUUUCCUGGCUCUUUGGCUUAAUUAAGGGGGGGAAAAAAAAAAAAAAAAUCAUCUCAAACCAACUAUGUGAAAUUCUGGCUGAUAAAGAGGGCUGGCUGGGUUGAAAUAAAACAAAGAGGUGGUGACUCACUGUGUGAAAACCAUUUCAACAACCACACACAGGUAACACAUUUCCCCCCCUUCACACACCCAUCCCACAAAUAAAUCAACAGAAAGAGAUUUUGAUGUGGAUUUUUUUUUUUUUUUACAUUAUGUUAGAGUUCAAAAAAAAAAAAAAAAAAAGAGAACCCAACAAAAUUAAUAAAUAUUAAAAGUUAAAAAGCUCUGAAUCUCGUAUGUACAAAACUUUAUACAUCAUAACAACACUGGACAAGGCCACAUCACAGGAAUGACUUGGUGCGUCCGCCCAGCCCAGAAGGACACGGGGGACCAGAUGCACCCUCUCCUCCCGGAGACAGGACCAAAUCCCUGCUGGGAGCUGGGCCAUCGCAUCACUACAUCCCCACGCGACAGCUUUCCACCCACCGUGGCAUCAGCACGGCGAGAAGCAACCCAACCUCAGCUUGCCUGAGGCGCUUCUUGUGCUCACCUGGAAUAAAUACCCAGUGCUGGGUCCCAGCCCGGCAGCAUCACCCCCCCCCCCACCCAGAGCACAACACAUGGGGCAAAGAUGGGAGGGGAGGGGGGGGUGUUUUAUCACACCCUGCUUUAAGUCUUGCCCGCCUCUCUUGGCUAGAGGCAGGGGUUAGCACCUGCAGCUCAGCCCCCUUGCACCAAAGACCCCUUCCCCACCUCGGGGACCCUGGUUGCAGGGUGCUGGGCCGGUCCUGAGCCACAGCUCUCCUCCUAGGUAUCACAAGGAACCACUGCAAAUGUCCCUUAUGCAAUAAAGGACUAAUGCCCAGGACAGCACUGAAGGGAGGGGUACAACUGAGAAUUUGGGAGGAAAAAGUGAGCACGCCUAUGCACAUGUACUGCGCCCUGCAGCCAUCACAGCCCGUUUUUUUGGAGGGGGUGGGAGGGGGACGUGGAAGGUUUUGUCUUUUAUUCAACGCCUCCAAGGCACAGCCUGCUCCGGGCCCCAGUCCUCCCGGCCCCCCGCACCUCUGGGGGAGAGCUGCCCCUUGAAGAGUAAACGAAGCGUUAUCUUUGGCACGAUAAAUAAAUGCUGGCACUCCCGCGGGCGGGUGGCGGGGCUGGCCCAAGGGGCACGGCCGUGGUGGCAGCAGUCCGAGGGGUGACCCCCAGCCCCUCUGCGCCCACAGUUAUCUCGCUGAUACCCACACCUGCACGCCUCGGAGCUGGGCACCCCGCCGCAGCGUUUGGUAGGCAGCCCCCCCCCCCCCGUCUGCCUGCUCCCCCGAGGCUGCUCGGCUCAGGCAGAUGCGUGGCUCUUCUGUCUUUUUGAAGCUCACUUAACGCCCAAGGGCAGCACCCCGGAGGCAGGGGAUCUCCAGCCUCAGGUGCUUUUAGGAGUAGCUCCGUAGACGCUCAUCCAGCCUGGACUCGGAGGCAUUCUGGGGGCAGGAGGGUGCCCAAGCUGCCCUCUUAACAUCUCUUCAGCCCUUUUUGUACUGUUGGGUAGCUCCAGGGGAGCGCUGCAGACGGAGUCUGAUGCUUAAACCACCGGGAACGCGCGGGGAUCUCCAUUCAUUUCAAUUAAAGUGUGUCCUUCAACAUCUCCCCUGCUGCAAUCCACGCCGGACCAGCGAAGGCCGAGGGGAGCUUGCACGUCGACGCAAGCUCCUCCGAGAUGCCCCAACCUCAAGUUCCUUGCAGCUACACGAGCGCUGUCGAUGCAGCGCUCUCUCCCAGCACCGACAGCACCAGGCUCGUCCAGCAGCAUGCCCUAAAACCCACGGGCUCCCCAGCACACGCCCAACCGGUCCAUCUGUCAAACCUCACCUUCCUUGGACUCCCCCUUCUCUGUCCCCAAAACCUCCUCCCUACCAGCGCUCAUCCCCCACCGGAGCCCACCUCCCUCUGCCACCACAACCUGGAGGUGCUGGACCCCCCUCACAGCUGGGAGGUUGCCCAGCCCUAAGCACCAAAACCACGGCAGCCCCCUCGGGGACACCCCUGCGGGCCACAGCAGGCUGCCUGCACCCCGCUCCGGGGGGGCUUUGAGGACUGUAACUCCUGGCAGACCCUGUGCCUGGAGCUGGCCUGACACACCCCGCAAGCCGCACGCAGACCUAGGCUCCUAAAGUGCUGUGCUUGUGUUUAGUACUUGGCACAAUAAUUUUUUUAACAGCAUUAAUCAGCCCACUUUCACCCCCGCCUCCUACGCGACAAAACAGACGCAGAUGAAUCUGCUUCUCUCCUGUCUUUGUAACUGCCCCUAAAAUCCGCUCCCGGCUUCCCAGUUGUCCCCAUUUCCCUCCGAAAGUGUUGAUGCCCCACAGGCACUGGGUACAAGGGUGCAGGGAUGAGGCUGGUGGCCCUGGGGAGGCUGGGCAUCGCUAUCAGCUCAAGGCUGGCUAAGGGCAGCAUUGGCUAAAAAGUCACCACCAGGUGACAGGCAUUUUUUACAUGUAUAUUUGGUCUUCGACCACGUCCUUAUUGCUCGUGUUAGAGUUGCCUGGACCAUCUCCUGCCUAUCCCACCACGCAGGACAGAACCUGCUCUACGGUUUUCACGCUCUGUCUUCCCCCAGACACAUUUCCCAAACUCUCUACCCCAACAGCGACAGCCCAGGGCAGCAGUCUGGGCAUUUCCCAAUGUUUCUAACCCGCCACCCCAAUCACAUCUCGGGCUGCUUGCCCCCCCGAGAUCCCCAGCAUCCUGGCAUUGCUACCCCCAAGCUCUCAGCACAGGGGCUGAACCGCCGAGCUGGGACCCUCCUCUCCAGCACAUCUUGUGUUGCUAGUUAGGGCAGGGGGAAGCAAAAAGCAACAUUAAAUCCCUCCCCCCCAAAUCUUUUUAGCACCUUGGGAGGAAGCAACCUGUCUACCUGCAGCCAAGCCGCUGUUGCUUUUUUUCGCUCCUUUUCACCUUUUUGCUGUGGCGCUGUCAAAAAAAAAAAAAAAAAAAAAAAAAGAAAACCCAACCGUGCCACAGCUGGGAAGGCCGGGGGAGG